AUGGGAAGAGACUUUGGAGAAGAGGGACGGCAGCCUCAGUGCAAAGACAGCGUGGCUCAGAUUCAUGUGGAUGAAGACAGCGAGUUAAGAGAGCCAAACGUUUUUCUCCAGCAAGGAGCCGCAGCCACACAGGGAACUUUGUCUGAGCAUCAUACACAGUCCUCCAGCGCCUCUCUGGUGACCCUACUGCAGGCAGCCAGGAACCCAGGCAGCAGCGAUACGUUCUCCUUUAUGGUUGAUGAAACAAUAAUGAACCCUAUAGUUUACAUUACUGGACGCUCCAUCAGUUUCACUCUCACCAGCCCCACAGGUGAAUCUGAGCAAAGCACAAACUCAAAAGGAUCAUUGAUCAUUACAUCCCAGUUAGUCGGAAACUUCCAGACUCUGCAGCUUGAUAAACAAGUCGGACUGUGGACAAUGAAUAUGGUGUCGACUAAUCCGUACACUCUGAAGGUCAUAGGUCAGAGUCCCUUUGACUUCCUGUUUGACUUUGUGGAGGCCUCUCGGGGCCCGUUCCCAGGAUAUGAUGCUCUUGACACACGUCCCAGAGCGGGUGUCAACGGUAGCUUGUUGGUGUCUUUAACGGGGAGUGACUCUGCCACGGUGACAGAAGUUGCUCUGGUUGAAUCGUCGGGGUCGGGGGAGAUUAAAGGCGUCGUGGAGUCGCAGGGGAGCGGGAACUUCUUAGUUCUUGUCGACAGGAUCCCAUCAGAGGAAUUUGUGGUGCGGGUUAAAGGGAAUAAUGGACCAACAGUCUUCAUAAGGCAGUCAUCAACCAACUUCAGAGCCUCUAAUCUGACGAUCACUGCUGAUUCAAGUAGCAUCCUGGAACCAGGAACCCCUUUCUCUGUGCCCUUCUCAGUGAUGAGCCACGAAAUAGAGGGAAACAUUUCCAUCCGAGCCACUAACAACCGAGGUUUUGACUUAGCGUCUCCAACCAGUUUGUUCCUGGAAGCUGGAAACAGAGCCAACGACACGGUGACCCUCUCCGCUCCUCUGAACACCCCCUCUGGGACCGACGUCACCCUGACCAUCGAGGCCGAGGCUCCGGGGGGCCAAGACACAAACUAUGUGGUGAUGCGUUUCUCUGUCUUUAACACGGUGACUGAUUUCGCUCCGCCGGUGUGUACGCUGCUGAGCCUGCAGUACAACUGCUCUGAUUCCUGCAGCUCGUUGAUGUGGGAGCUCUCUGUCCAGGUGACUGAUGGGGAAGGAGGCUCAGGUGUUGACAGUGUUACUCUCAGACAGGGCAACGGGACUUUGAACACUAGCCUGGCUGCUGGAAAUGAAAAAAUAACACUGGUUUCCUACAAUGCUUCUUGUUGUUCGCCUAAUGUGGAGCUGGUGGUUGUGGACAAAGUGGGAAAUGUCGACAUCUGUUUUUACGCUAAUUCUCUGUCCACCAAAGUGACUCAGGGGUCUCUUUGUCUAAUCGUAGUGGUGUUAGGGCAAAUAAUGAAAGCUGCAAUAAUCUAGGUUUCUACAAACACUCAAUCAAUUGACUCUAUAUUAUCCUGCAGUGUCGUUUAUUUUCAACAUCAGAGUUUGGAGCAAUAAACUGGUUUUGGUUAUCACAGAGUUAAACCCAGUGUUCCCUAAAGUUGCAAACUUACCCAAACCAGAAGCUAACUGUUAGCUUAGUGUAGCAACACAAAGUAAGUGAUAAAGUGAAAUAUGUGGCAAACACACUUAUAUUUAGGAGUUUGUGGAGACCAAAAAACAGACAAAAGAAAAACAUGUUUCAGGUGGUUUGAUGACCUUGUUUCAGAUUGAUGUGUUAAAGGCUAGAUAUUGUCAACACUUAGGGGAGAAGGGGGUAAAUUGAGCCAGUGGGUAAGUUGAACCACCCCCUGUAACCAGGCAACGCCUUAUAGUUGUGAUCAAGUGACCAGGAAUUAUGCAAGCUCCACCCAUUUCUCAUUGCCUGUGAAAGAGAGAUACUCAUUG